ACGUCCCAGUGCCCCACACACCCCCUUCCCAUUCUCCCAGUUUGCUGCAGCCAGGAACCAGAUCGCAUUCGAUGCAGUGGGGUCACUGCUUCAUCUUUCUGAAGCCUUGGUUGUCAAUUGUAGUCGAGCUCUUCUUCCUAUUCUUCUUCUUCCCCCUCAUGAUGCUGAGUUUGACGAGAUCCGGAGAAUUGUAACUGCUCUUGGUUGCGUUGAUGUCCAUGCACCGUCGAUGGGUACCUGACCCCAGUCAUCCCAGUUUGAGAUAAGAAAAAGUCAUAUUUGCGCGCUGAAGAGGAAUUCUCGUAGUGUUUGAUUGUUGUUGCUGGCAUCACGAGAGAGAGAGAGAGAGAGAGAGAGAGGAAGAAAACUGAGAGUCUACUGUUGCCGGUCCAGUUUGGGGUACCAUGGGAAGGCCGGCUCAGAUCCACCAUACAAAUUGCCUCCUCCUGCCUCAUCAGAUGACGCCCCAAAGACGGUCUUCUUCCUUGUCUAGCGCCAAAUUCGGCAACAUCAUGGUCGGUAAACUGAUUGCAUGCAUCGGGAUGCUUCUGUGGGCGGAGAUCUUUGUGAGUGUCACAGUCUCCUCCUCAGAUCUCGACGCAGAUUUGUGGGAGAGCGAGACCGGCAUGAACAUAAAGCCAUUUACCGCCGCAGCCCCCUCACCAAACACAACAACCGCAGCCAACUCCAAUAUACCCAAGGACAGCAUCCUGAUCGACAACGGUGAUUUCGAGAAGUGUAAUACCACGGUUAAUAUAACAAGUUAUGCCGACUCCACAUCAACUCCGAUCCCAAACUGGACAGUGGGGGAUGCGGGCGUGGAGAUCAUCCAGGGCCCGGACUACAAGAUGUCAUCCUUCGAUCCGACUGGCAAGUAUUGCAUCCACCUCAACGAACCGACCAACUCGACAGCAACAAAUGGCACUCAAGGAUCGAUCUGGACCACGCUGCCUGCCAAUCCCACGAUGGGUAAAUUCUACACCGUGCAAUUCGAUACUGCUCGGAUGCCCAAUGCGGCUUUGAAUCUCAUCCCGUCGCUCAUGGUGUCCUCCAUUUCCGGAACCACCACGAACAACAGGCAGCUCCUCAAGAUCAGGUACAACAGUUCUGACAGUCCGACGCAGAUCACUUGGGUUCGUCAGAGCUUCAUCUACGAGGGCAGCGGCGCCGCCACCAGUAUCAUGUUCUCGAGCAUGUCGAAUAGGUAUGGCCCCUUGAUCGACAACGUCGUGAUUUUGCCGGGGAAACACGCACUCUCCGCUGCCAUUCCUGCUGCCCCCCUGGCUAUAUUGCAUCGUGUGUGUCCUAUCAUCACUGCCGUUGUCGUUAUGGCCUUUCACUGCCCCCAGCUUUUAUCAUUCUUGUAAUCGAUUGUAGCUAACAACUUUCCCGAUUAUGAACAAGUUGCUGAUCAUUUGCUUAUACGUACUAGGUUAUUGUUUAGCUCCAGAGCCAAUCUCGUCAUGAAUCUGGCUUCUCUUGUGUAAACAACUCUUCUGUGGCAAUAAAAAUAUUUUUUAUUGAAAA